AUGUUUUCUGCCAUUGCAGAGGCAGACUUGAAAAAAAAAUCUCUACCUACACCAUUCUGCUGUGCUUCUGCUGGGAGUUCAUUGGCUACAGGAUUAGAUUUCAAUUGUGGAGAUUUCGGUGUCAUUUCGAUACGUUCUUCGGGUGGACUAUGCAUUCCUGAAUGGGAUAGGACUCUUACCGGAGGCAUAAGAAUGUGGAUACAGAACCCGAAUAGAUGCGCAGACGAAUACUUGGAUGGAAUCGAGGAUUUUAUUGAGUUUGCACGUAGACACAACCCGGGUGCAACUAGAAUCUGUUGUCAUUGUAGGAGGUGUAACAACAUGUUGUGGGAGACAAUUGAAAAUGUUGGAUUUCAUUUAGUAAGGAAUGGAAUGAUUGAGACAUAUAGCAUUUGGAACCUUCACAGAGAACAAUUAGACAAUGCUUCGUCUUCAAAUGCUACAAGAGUGGACAAUGUUGAACAUAUUGUGGAUCCUAAUGAACAAGUCAUGGAUAUUAUAAAUGAUGUUUUUCCAUUUGCAUCGACCAACAUCAAUUAG